AUGUCCUCUUCCGAAGCACCGCCGCCGCCGCCGUCCAACCCGCUCAUCCGCUGGAGCCAAGUGUUUCUCCUGUUCGUGCUGAACAUCUCGUGCUCCCUCAUUUGGCUCAUCUACACACCCGUGGCCGAUGCAUCCACCUCCUACUUCAGUACAUCCCUGACGACCAUCAAUUGGAUCAACAAUGUCUACAUCCUGAGCUUCCUCCCCGGGUCGAUCUGCUCUGCCAUCUUGCUGGACUCGUACGGAAUCCGCAAGACCGUCCUCUUUGGCAGCUUCUUCCAGUUUGUCGGGGCCGGGCUGUGCUAUGGCGGCUCUUUCAUCUCCAAUCCCACGGGCAAGAUCGUCCUGGCGUUCAUUGGAGAGGCCUUUGCAGGAUUCUCACAGCCUUCGUUUCUGGACGCCUGUCCCAAGCUCUCGACAAUCUGGUUCGCACCCGAGGAGCGGGCCAUCCCAACAGCCUGCUCUACGAUCGGUAAUCCAAUCGGCGGUGCUGUGGCCUUCCUCCUCGUCCCGGCCAUCCUUCUUGGAUAUACCUGCGGAACCUUUGCACUGUUUGCCAUCAGCGCCGUUGCCUGUAUUGAGCCGAAGCAGCUCGCCUCUGUCCAGGCCAAAGACGCCGAGGUUUCCUUCAAGACGGCCUUCAUGAAGUGUGUCAAGCUGAGGCUUUUCUGGCAGCUCGCCGCCACCAUGGCCAUCGGAACGGCAGUCUUCAGCAACAUCACGUCCUAUCUUAACCAGAUCAUGUCGCCGUAUGGGUACAGUGCGGACGACACCGGCACCAUGGGAGCUGUGCUCGUCUUCAGCGGUGUCAUCGCUACAUUCAUGUUCGGCUAUCUGGCUGAUCGCAGCCGGCGACAUGCCCUGAUCCUCAAGCUCAACUCCAGCUUCAUGGUGGUCUCCUAUCUGUUCUUUGCUCUGAUAUUCAACCGGCCAAACAUCCUCCCGGUACUUGUGGUGUCGUGCUUCUUCAUUGGAGUGUUCACUGUCGGCAGUCUCCCAGUGUUCCUUGACAUGAUCGUGGCCGUCACCCGCAAGGACGGCGUUGGCGAGGGUGUCUCUAUGGCAUUGCUGUGGGGCACUGCUCAGCUGCUUGUCGUCAUCUUCAGCGUCAUCUGGGACCGCACCCGCACGGUUGAUCAAGAGUAUCCCGCUGUCCCAUGGAUCGUGUUCGGCUCCUGUCUUGUUGGAGCCAUUCCGACGCUGCUCUAUCCGCUCCGGUCUGAUAUGCGGGAGCUCGAGGUGCUUGAGAAGCUGGCACAGCAAGAUGUCAAAAGGCCAGAGGGUCUCUAG